AUGCCAGAUAAAAGACGAGAAUCCUGUCGUCUGGAUUGGGCAGAAUCGUCUUGGACAAGAUGGAUACAUGUGCUACUUUGGUGGUGGAUUAAACCUAUUCUUUCAUUAGGAAAUCGGCGCACACUUGUCGACGACGAUUUAAGCGAUAUUUCAGUAAACGAUAAGUGUUCCGUUUUGUUGAACAAAGCCAACUACGAUAGUUCUAAAUGGCCAGGUACAUGGUAUGUAAUCAGACGAACAUUUAUGAAAGAUUUAUUGCAAACUAUGUUGAUCAUGUUGGCAUAUACCGCAACACGUGUCGUACAGCCAUUACUCGUUCGUGAAAUUGUUCUCUACAUCAGUAAUGCAUCAGAGAUACCGACUUAUGCGGGUUAUUUAUCAGCUGUUGGUCUUGGUAUUUGUUCGAUUCUACAAGCCAUUAUUCAUCAACAAAGCUUUUUUCGAAAUCAACGAGUAGGUAUUCGCGUUCGCAAUACACUAAGUUGCGCGAUAUAUAAACAAUUACUGACGAUCAAUACGGCAUCACUUUAUAGAACUACUGCUGCUCAAACAAUCAAUUUAGUUGCAAAUGAUGCUGGUAAAUUUGAAGAAAUGUGUUCUUACUUUCAUUACUUAUGGGUGGCACCUUUGGAAGCUCUCAUAAUGUUCGGUCUUAUCUGGCAAAACGUUGGAUUAUCAACAUUAUUCGGCUAUGCUGUACUCGUUCUAUUAGUACCUCUGCAACUCGUAUUCAGUAGAUUAUUCAGUCGAUAUCGUAAGAUAACUAUGACACGUACGGACAAACGAGUUCAGACGAUCAAUGAGCUUGUCAACGGAUGUCAAAUUAUUAAAAUGUACAAUUGGGAAAAAGCUAUGGAAAAAUUAGUGCAGGAAACACGACUAUCUGAACUUCAGAGUAUCUCAAACUCUAGUCGUUUGCGUGCUCUGAAUAGUGGUAUUUCCUUUGCAUCGUUACCCUUGAUAUCUCUUGCUACAUUUGGUGGCGAUUGGCUCAUAGGGAAACAGUUAAUACCAGCAAACAUUUUUACGGCGUUGUCAUUCUUCUCUUUGGUUCGAGCGCCAGUAAUGUCGUUGUUGCCAUUGAUUAUUGAAAAGCUUAGUGAAGCUCGUGUUGCUGCCACAAGAAUUGAUCAAUUUAUGCGUUUAGAAAUAUUAAUGAAUAGGCGAGAAAAAGAACAAAAUAAAAAAGGAGAUCAUGCAAUUAUAAUGGAAGAUGCAUCUUUUUCUUGGAAAGAUACUCCUUGUCUAUUGUCGCUUCAUCUCAAAGUCAAAUAUGGUACAUUGCUUGGAGUGAAAGGUGCUAUCGGUGCUGGAAAAUCAUCUCUACUAGCUGCCAUUCUUGGUGAGAUUAAUCUUGUCAGUGGAACAAUACGGCAAUGUGUUCGUUCUAUUUCGUACGCUCCACAAUCAUCGUGGAUAUUUACUGACACUAUACGAAGUAACAUUCUACUUGGCAAGCCAAUGGAUGAAGAACGUUAUAAGAGUGUUAUAAAAGCAUGUUGUCUUGAUAUUGAUCUACAGAAUUUUGGUGAAAUUGGUGAUUUAAUGAUGAUCGGUGAUAAAGGUGUCAAUCUAAGUGGUGGACAAAAAGCUCGAAUAUCACUCGCUCGCGCUCUUUAUGCUGAUGCCGAUUUGUAUUUACUCGAUGAUCCACUUGCUGCUGUUGAUCCAAAAGUGGCGAAGAAAAUAUUUGAUCAAUGUAUUGGUCCACGUAGCCUUCUUCGCCAGAAGACUAGAAUAUUGGUUACACAUCAGGUACAUUUCUUAGAUGAAGCAGAUCAAACGAUUCGCUUAGCAAAUGGCCACAUCCAUGAAUUGUACAGUGAGCGACCUGAUGAAGAUCAACAAUCGAAUACUACCACGGAAGCAGAUUCAUCUGACGAUGACGAAACGGAUUUUAAACUUAAUACUGCUAUAGCUGAUAUGAAUUCGAUUGUGAAAAGUGAAACAUCAACCGAUGGUGCUGUCAAGUGGAAUGUUUGGUUUCAAUUAUUCACGGCACCACCUUUACGUUGGUUUGGAUUUAUCCUACUCAUAUUUUUACUGUUGGGUACUCAAGCUCUGUACGACUUCACAAAUCGUUGGCUUUCUAUGUGGUCUGCUAAAUCUGAAAAAAACACGAGUUCAUCAUUGGAUGCUUAUGUCUAUCUUGGAUUGACGAUCGGUACAUUGAUUACAGCAUUAGUGCGUACCGGUUUUCUUAUCUAUGUUAUGUUAUGUGGUUCGACUUGCUUUCAUAAUCAAAUGCUCAAUGGUAUCUUGUAUACUUCGUUGCGUUUCUUCGAAAGUAAUCCGAGCGGACGAAUAUUAAAUCGAGCAAGCAAAGAUCAGCAGGUCUUAGACGAAUUAUUACCUUCGACUGUAAUUGAAACUAUUCAAAAUCUUCUGAUGAUUCUUGGUUCUGUUAUAAUAAUUGGAAUCACUAAUCCAUGGGUGCUUCUGAUUCUCGUUCCAUUGACUCCCGCAUUUUGGUGGCUUCGCCGAUUCUACAUACGUUCAAGUCUUCAACUCAAACGGCUCGAAAGUGUAACACGUAGUCCAGUCUAUGCAUUGUUCUCGUCCUCAUUAGAUGGGCUUACUAGUAUUCGUGCGUUCGAAGUUCAAGAUGAUUUCUUGCACAUGUUUAUGGAAAGAGUUGAUGCGAAUUCUCGAGCUUACUUUGCUCUCGUUGCUGUUGGUCGUUGGCUUGGUUUACAACUCAGUUAUAUGACAUGCUUACUCACAUUGGUUACUGCUAUUCUUGGAGUAGCGUUGCGCCAUCAAAUCGACCCAUCGGCAGCCGCUCUCAGCAUUACCUACUGUAUCACAAUCACAACACUCUUUCAGUGGGCUGUACGACAAUCAGUAGAAGCUGAAAAUUUCAUGACUAGUGCUGAGCGUGUUCAUGAAUAUGGUCAGCUUGUACCGGAAGAUCAUAGAAAUAAUAGUAAAAAUGAAGUACUUGUUCAACUACCAAGUGAUUGGCCUUCUCGUGGUAUUAUCGAAUUCAAAAACUACACAUUUCGAUAUCGACCAGAGUUGGAUUCUGCACUGAAAAAUCUUAAUCUACGCAUUGAAUCCAAGGAAAAGAUUGGAGUGAUUGGUCGAACGGGUGCCGGAAAAUCAUCACUUCUACAGGCUCUCUUUCGACUUGUCGAUCAAUCGUCAAUCACUGGCAGUAUCCUCAUUGACGAUAUUGAUAUUGGCUGCGUUUCGCUCAAUGAACUUCGUUCACAUUUAAGUGUUAUUCCACAACAACCGAUUCUAUUUUGUGGUACACUUCGAUACAAUCUUGAUCCAUUCGAACAGUAUUCUGAUGAAGAAUGUCUUAGAGCACUUGAAGCUGUUCAACUCAAAAAAUUAGUGUUUAAUCAUCCCGAUGGAAUUAGUCAAUUGGUGGCUGAAUCGGGGAGUAAUCUGAGUGCUGGAGAACGUCAACUAAUCUGUGUAGCACGAGCCAUUCUCAAGAGAAGCCACAUAUUGCUUAUCGAUGAAGCUACAGCCCAUGUUGACCACGUGACUGACAGUAUGAUUCAAAAUGUUAUUCGAGACAAAUUUCAUGAUCGUACAAUACUGACAAUUGCACAUCGAUUAAAUACAAUAGCGAACAGUGAUCGCAUUCUUAUGUUGGAACAAGGAAAAAUUGUUUAUUUCGAUGUACCAAGUAAAAUGGACCUAACUUAG